AUGUCAGGCUUCAUCGACGCCAUCGGCCUUCUGAGCGGCGGCCUUACCAUAGCAGCGUUCUUGCAGAGCAAUUUGCCCUCGAACAGCCCAGCCGGCGCUUCUGUGCAGGUCAAAGCUGGCCUUGGUGACGAUAGUUCAAGCAAUUUGAAAGGUACAAUCGACCACGUGUAUGCCUUCGACUACAACAACAACUACCUUGGUCAGAGCGGGUCCUGCGGCAUUGGGAGUGAUGGCGGCUCCUGCCAAGUCACCGUGGAUCAGAGCUCUCCUGGCACGCAAGCCGACUACAUUUCCAUCGCCAACGGAAACGAUGCGACUUGUGUUUCUUGGGUCUCGGUGACGCAGUACGAUGGCACUCCAGGUGACAUCGGUAAAAAUUGCGGUUUGCUCUGGUAUUACGGAAACCAGGAAGCUGGAACGUACCCUGAUGAGGACGGCGGCGGCCCGUGGCGUCCGCAUUGCGCUUGGUUCGACGGCGACCACACGAAUGGCUUCCAAUACGCUGCCAUGAAGUUCACCGUGCGCGCAUACGGCGAGCUGUCCAAAAAGACCCUUUCUCAGAACGAGGGUUGCUCCGCCACGAUCUUCGGAACGGACAAUGGCCCCAUCAAUGGCAUUCCGGCUACCCCGGCAAGCAAGCGCUCCAACCGACCGGCCAAGCGAGCCCAGCCAAAUCGCCUUGCCUGGAUAAAAAAACGUCUCGUCAAGUCGCAGUACCCGGAGCAGACUGCGGAGCAACUGUGCAACUCCAAGACGAGCUUUGGACCAGACUUCGUGGGCUCUGAUGGGAAGUUUUGCGACAUGGAAACGAAGGCAUUGUCGCCGCUGUGCUCGAACGAGGAUGUCGAUGGAUGUGUGGUGGCGCACCAGAAUGGGACGUUGACGGUCGCUGCUUCGAACAGGGCACAUGCGGUUGUUAAGACUUAUGAUGUUGUGUCGGACUGGGCGUAG